UAUCAGACAUCUGCUGAUAUCCGAAAACAUUUACAACAGUUUAUAAUGGAGCUACAAGCAAAUACGACAUUGGCACCUCCAUUCUCUGCCACACUGGCACCUCAAUUCGACGCGCCUUUGAAAUCGACGCAGCAGGCCGACCAUGUCAGCUGUGAGCAGGAUUUUGUUUAUAAUCCCGAGCUGCAUCAGUGUGUUCCUCAGAUAGAGUCACGUUCUAGAUCGUCCUGUCCGACCGGCUAUCGCAGGGAUCACCGACUGGAUCAGUGCCGUCGUAUGCGCUACGACAUCGCUUGUUUUUGUUCUAAGCGUUGAUUUUCUAUGGCAACUGCGCUGUCCAAAUCACGUAAGCCGCGGCCUCAGUGGAUAUUCCAUACGGAUCAUGUGUCUGCCACUACUUUGCUCUGAUUACAACUCCAACAAGAUAAACAAUGUAAAGCGCGCUUUGUUAACGCCUGAACAAGCCAUCGAGGCUAACUCACACACACACACACACACACAUAGAGAGAGAGAAAGAGAGUUUGUGUCUUUGCAGCCUUUCAGUUUGUUAUUUGAGCGUGUGUGCGAUGUUCUUCGGCAUUUGCCAACUUUGUGUUAAGUGAAAAUUGAAACUCAGCUCAGCAACUGUCCAGCAAUCGUUUAUUUCGUUUUUUGCCUGUCUUCAGCCAAUUUUCGUAACUGAAAACUCAAAGCAAACUAAAAAAAUCUACGUGACUGCCGAGAAGCGAGUGUUGCCCCAUCAACGAAAACGGGAAAAUAAAAACGUAGAGCGAAUAGCAAGAGAAAACUUCAGCCUUAAGAUUUGCAAUGAUAGCAAU